UCCUCUCUGCCUGCCCUUCCUUCUCUCUGCAUUGCCAUUACUCCUCUCUGCCUGCCAUUCCUUCUCUCUGCAUUGCCAUUACUCCUCUCUGCCUGCCAUUCCUUCUCUCUGCAUUGCCAUUACUCCUCUCUGCCUGCCAUUCCUUCUCUCUGCAUUGCCAUUACUCCUCUCUGCCUGCCAUUCCUUCUCUCUGCAUUGCCAUUACUCCUCUCUGCCUGCCAUUCCUUCUCUCUGCAUUGCCAUUACUCCUCUCUGCCUGCCAUUCCUUCUCUCUGCAUUGCCAUUACUCCUCUCUGCCUGCCAUUCCUUCUCUCUGCAUUGCCAUUACUCCUCUCUGCCUGCCAUUCCUUCUCUCUGCCUUGCCAUUACUCCUCUCUGCCUGCCAUUCCUUCUCUCUGCCUUGCCAUUACUCCUCUCUGCCUGCCAUUCCUUCUCUCUGCCUUGCCAUUACUCCUCUCUGCCUGCCAUUCCUUCUCUCUGCAUUGCCAUUACUCCUCUCUGCCUGCCAUUCCUUCUCUCUGCAUUGCCAUUACUCCUCUCUGCCUGCCAUUCCUUCUCUCUGCCUUGCCAUUACUCCUCUCUGCCUGCCAUUCCUUCUCUCUGCCUUGCCAUUACUCCUCUCUGCCUGCCAUUCCUUCUCUCUGCAUUGCCAUUACUCCUCUCUGCCUGCCAUUCCUUCUCUCUGCCUUGCCAUUACUCCUCUCUGCCUGCCAUUCCUUCUCUCUGCAUUGCCAUUACUCCUCUCUGCCUGCCAUUCCUUCUCUCUGCAUUGCCAUUACUCCUCUCUGCCUGCCAUUCCUUCUCUCUGCAUUGCCAUUACUCCUCUCUGCCUGCCAUUCCUUCUCUCUGCAUUGCCAUUACUCCUCUCUGCCUGCCAUUCCUUCUCUAUGCAUUGCCAUUACUCCUCUCUGCCUGCCAUUCCUUCUCUCUGCAUUGCCAUUACUCCUCUCUGCCUGCCAUUCCUUCUCUCUGCAUUGCCAUUACUCCUCUCUGCCUGCCAUUCCUUCUCUCUGCAUUGCCAUUACUCCUCUCUGCCUGCCAUUCCUUCUCUCUGCAUUGCCAUUACUCCUCUCUGCCUGCCAUUCCUUCUCUCUGCAUUGCCAUUACUCCUCUGUGCCUGCCAUUCCUUCUCUCUGCAUUGCCAUUACUCCUCUCUGCCUGCCAUUCCUUCUCUCUGCAUUGCCAUUACUCCUCUCUGCCUGCCAUUCCUUCUCUCUGCAUUGCCAUUACUCCUCUCUGCCUGCCAUUCCUUCUCUCUGCAUUGCCAUUACUCCUCUCUGCCUGCCAUUCCUUCUCUCUGCAUUGCCAUUACUCCUCUCUGCCUGCCAUUCCUUCUCUCUGCAUUGCCAUUACUCCUCUCUGCCUGCCAUUCCUUCUCUCUGCAUUGCCAUUACUCCUCUCUGCCUGCCAUUCCUUCUCUCUGCAUUGCCAUUACUCCUCUCUGCCUGCCAUUCCUUCUCUCUGCAUUGCCAUUACUCCUCUCUGCCUGCCAUUCCUUCUCUCUGUCUACCAUUCCUUCUCUCCAUUUGCACAGCCAUCCUCCUGACCUCUUUCACCCUUUCCAUAUCUCCAUUGCGAUACCCCCCCCUGCAGUGCCAGGCCCCCUAUCUGGUGGUGGGCCAGCAAGUCUGCAUCAAUUCACCCGUCCUCACCACCAUGCAGCAAGCUCCCAACGCCAACUACUCCAUAUACACCGUCCGUGCCGGCGAUACCCUCUCCACCAUCUCCUCCCUCUACCUCCCUCGCUGCACGCGACUCUCCGUAUCCCCCGGUGCCAUUGCCGCCCAAAACUUCAUCACCAACCCCUCUGCACCACUCCCCGUCGGCACCAACCUCAUCAUCCCCUGUAUUGGCGGCAUCGGUAUAAUUGACGCCAGCUGUUCAGACUCGCUUAUCAAGUGCGGAGCGGAUGGUGUCACGUACCAGUCAUAUUGCGACGCGACAGCCAACUUUGCUCUUCCCGUCCAAGAUGGUCCGUGUGGCGGCUGUGCGAGUGCCUGCGUUGGCCGCAUGGGGCUGGCCCCUUUAACCGGUUUCAGCUGUUAUCAAGCCAUCUGCCCGUAUCCAACCUGGUUUGCCCCCUACCUGGUGCUGGGUCAGCAAGUCCGCAUUGACUCACCCAUCCUCACCACCAUGCAGCAAGCCCCCAACGCAAACUACUCCAUCUACGCACUCUGCCCCAACGAUACCCUCUCCACCAUCUCCUCCCUCUACCCCACCCGCUGCACAACACUCUCCGCAUCCCCCGCUGCCAUCGCCGCCCAAAACUUCAUCGACAACCCCUCUGCACCACUCCCCGUCGGCACCAACCUCACCAUCCCCUGUAUUGGCGCCAUCGGUAUGAUCGACGGCGGCUGUGCGACGUCUUCCACAGUGUGUGGAGUGGAUUUCACCUCGUACCCGUCGUACUGCCAAGCAGCCGUGAACUACGCCCUUUCACUUUUCCAUAAUAGCCCGUGUGACAAGUGUGGGGCGGCGUGGCCAUGGGAUUGGCCCCGGCCUACGGGUUCGGCUGCAGUCAAGCCAUCUGCCCGUAUCCUGGUAUCCAACAUGGAUGGCAGGCCCAGACUGCACUCUAAGAGAUGGCAACAACGGUAG